CUAAUUCACAAUUUGGAAUGGCUUUCUAGUGCUUACUCAUUGAAAUAUAUUGACCUUAGUGGUAUUGAUCUUCGCACGGAAACUAAUUGGGUCCAGUUAAUGGCUAUGCUUCCAUCGUUGUCAGAGUUGUACUUGGUUGAUUGUCAUCUUGAUAACAUGAGUCCUUCUCUUCUUUUUGCUAAUUUUACUGCACUUGAAGUUCUUGAUCUUUCCGUGAAUGCAAUUUACUCAGAGGUGCCUAAUUGGUUAUUCAAUCUUACUUGUGAUAUCUCGUAUAUUUACCUUGACAAUAAUCUUUUGAGAGGUGAAUUACCUAAGGCAAUGCCAAAUUUUCAAGUCUUGAAAUACUUGGUUUUGUCUAACAAUGAUUUAAAUGGACCAAUUCCAGAUUGCUUAGGUAAACUUGAGCAUCUCACAUACCUUGAUUUAUCUUCAAACUUAUUUUCUGGACCUCUUCCUAUAAAUUUGGGAAACCUGUCAUCUUUAGUUGCCUUAAAGGCCAGGUCUAACUACUUUACAGGAGUUGUGUCUGAAAAACAUUUCACAAAUCUAUCAAAUUUAAAGUUCUUGUUUGUGGAAUCACCAAACAUCAUCUUUGAUUUUGACUUACAUUGGAUACCUCCUUUCCAACUUGAUGGUGUAUUUUUGGGUCCUGUUGGCCCUAAACCUCCUCAAUGGUUGUAUACACAGACAUCUCUCAAGUCCCUUGGUUUUGCGAACUCAAAAUUUUCAUUUGAGACUGGAGACAAGUUUUGGAGUUUUGUAUCCAAAAUUGAACUUCUCCAAUUGGUGGGCAACUCAAUAGAUGGGGACUUGUCAAAUGUGUUGCUUAAUUCUUCUUUCAUACAACUAUCAUCAAAUAAUUUGAAAGGUGGUCUCCCUAGAUUAUCAUCAAGUGUACGCGUUUUCAUGGUAGACAACAACUCUCUGUCAGGAUCGAUGGUUCCCCUUUUGUGCCAUGACAUGGACAGAAGAAGCAAUUUGGAGUACUUGGACAUGUCCAACAACAAAUUAUCUGGAGGGCUUACAGAUUGCUGGACGAAUUGGAAAUCGUUGCUUCAUAUCAAUCUAGGAAACAAUGAUCUAAGUGGCAAGAUUCCCCCAUCAAUGGGAUUGUUGGAAAAUCUUACAUCACUCCAUUUGCAUGAGAAUAAUCUCUCUGGAGACAUACCUCUCUCACUACAAAAUUGCCACUCCUUGUUGAUCCUGAAUGUUCGCGAAAAUCGCUUCUCAGGAAGUAUACCAAACUGGCUUCCACACAAAGCAAGGGCUCUCCAACUAAGGUCCAAUCAAUUCACUGGUACCAUUCCACCACAGAUAUGCCAAAUGCAUUCCCUCACUAUCUUGGAUUUUGCAGAUAACAGAAUCUCAGGACACAUACCAAGCUGCAUAAACAAUAUCACAGCUAUGGUUGUCCAUGUUCGUUCAGUCAUUGCAAUUGGCUACAUCUUUUAUAUUGACGGUACGCGUUACAUCAUACCAGAAAAUCUUAUGCUGCUUAUGAAGGGUAAAGGAUUAGAAUAUGAAGACUGGAAUUUGAUUCGCAUUGUUGACCUUUCAAGUAAUGAUCUGCUUGGAACAAUGCCUGCACAAAUGUUUAGCCUCACUGAAUUGCACUCCUUGAACUUGUCCCACAAUCAGUUAGUGGGGAAGAUACCAAAGGAAAUUGGCAACAUGAGAGAACUUGAGUCCCUUGAUUUAUCAAGGAAUCAACUUUCAGGGACACAACUUCAAGGCUUUGGUGCACUCAGCUACAUUGGAAAUCUUGAUCUUUGUGGACCUCCACUUACAAAAAGUUGCUCACAUGAUGGUAUAUUUGGAGGCACAGAGCCUUUGGAUGCUGCUGCUGCUGAUGAUGAUGAUAAGUCUCAGUUUUGGUCAUCUUUCUAUAUGGGCAUGGGGGUUGGUUUUGCUACCUGCUUUUGGGGAGUGUGUGCUGUCAUCUUCUUCAAUAGAAAGUGGAGACAUGCUUAUUUCAGAUUUUUGUAUGACUUAAGAGACCAGCUCUAUGUCAUGGUGGUCACAAAGAUGAACAAACUUUUCAAAUAGCCCUCAAAGUAGUGUUUCUCAAGUAUAUCCUGCUAUUACAAUAUAUAUUAAUAGGGAAACCAAAUUGUGUGUUUUAGACUAUAAAGUUUCUUUAUUGUCAUGAAUAAUAUAUCAAUGUUACAAGUGUGGGGCAAUACUUUUA